ACAAAGUCUCAAUCUUUGAGUUUGUUUUCUUACUGCUUCUUCAAUGGCGUUGAUACAGAGUUCAUCAAUCCCCGGUUCGUCUGCGGUUCGAUUGACCUUCUUCUCAAACUCAAUGCCGAAGAUGAGUCAUCAAGUGGUUGUUCCUAUGGUGAAAGGUUGGACUUGGAUGAUGAAGGGUUCGUGUCGGAGGAGGGUGCUGGUAAGAGCAAUGGUGCAGGAAGAAGCAGUUCAAGGGUCUCCUUCUCCUUCUGUUUACGCCAGAGAUAUGGAGAGGCUUUCCGCUAAGGAAUCUCUGCUUCUCGCUUUAAAGGAUGCUGGAGGCUUUGAGGCUUUAGUUACAGGGAAAACAACGAGUAUCCAAAGGAUCGAUGUUAAUGAGAGGAUAACUAGUCUCGAGCGCCUUAACCCUUCUCCUAGACCAACUACGUCUCCUUGUUUCCAAGGGAGAUGGAACUUCGAGUGGUUUGGCUCUGGAAGCCCUGGUUUACUCGCUGCUCGAGUUAUAUUCGAGAGGUUUCCUUCAACGUUGGUUAACCUCUCAAGAAUGGAGAUACUGAUUACGGAUUCUAACGCUAAGGCCACUGCAAACAUCAAACUCCUCAACUCGAUAGAAAGCAAGAUCGUACUGUCAACGAAGUUGACUGUUGAGGGACCUCUGAGACUGAGAGAAGAAUAUGUGGAAGGUAUGGUUGAAUCCCCAACGGUCAUUGAAGAAGCAGUUCCUGAAACGCUUAAAGGCGCAUUGGGUCAAGCCACCACAACGUUGCAGCAGCUUCCUGAUGUUAUCAAGGAUGCUUUAUCAAGUGGUCUCAGAAUUCCCUUGAGUGGAUCGUUUGAAAGAUUCUUCAUGAUAUCUUAUCUAGAUGAGGAGGUUCUUAUAGUAAGAGAUACUUCAGGAGUGCCUGAAGUUCUAACGAGGUUGGAAUCACCUUCAUCAACCACCGCAGAAACUCUUUGAGUAAGAUAUAGUUAGAUGUUACUCUAGCCAUUGUUCUUAUGUUCCUUCUGUGUUCUUACAAGAAACCAACUUCCAAGUUGAGCUGUAAAUGUCUAAAAUGAUACCUUAAAUAUCUGAUUUUAUUUAAUCCUUCAAAUC